CUUUUCUCACAUCUCCAAAGCCCUAAUUUGGAAUUCAAUCCCUUUGUUCUUCCACACUCCGUCGCAACUUAGAGCAGCUCUCAUCCCAUUCCCAUCUGUUGCACGCAAAAUCUUCGACAAAUGAAGUACAACCCGCGUGUCUCAAGCUCCCGGCGGAAGUCACGGAAGGCGCAUUUCACGGCGCCAUCCAGCGCCCGCCGCGUCAUAAUGAGCGCGCCUCUGGCGGCUGACCUCCGCAACAAGUACAGCGUCAGAUCCAUGCCGGUGCGCAAAGACGACGAGGUGCAGGUGGUGCGGGGCACCUACAAGGGCCGCGAGGGCAAAAUCGUUCAGGUGUACCGCAAGAAAUGGGUCAUCCAUGUUGAACGGAUCACCCGCGAGAAGGUGAACGGGUCGACCGUCAACGUGGGCGUCCACCCCUCCAAAGUUGUAAUCACUAAGCUGAAGCUUGAUAAGGAUCGCAAGGAUUUGAUCGAUAGGAAGGCCAAGGGCAGGGCGCUGGACAAGGAUAAGGGCAAAUUCACGGUGGAUGACGUGGCCGUGGCCGCGGCCGCUGCUGGUGCGCCCUCGCUGCAAUCUAUUGAUUAGUUGGGCUUUUUAUUCCUUCUGUUUUCCUUUUUUAUUUGUUUUUGUUGUCGAUAUCACGUCUAAUUUUGUAGAUGUAGUGGUAUCUUGAACUGAACAAACGAAUAUUUGUUAGAAGGAGAUUUUGAUUAAUGAUUGAUGAUUUCUCCUAGAAAUUGCCCCUUUCUGGAUUCUCCGUAGUUUGGUAAAUGAGCUUGCGGUUGCUUAUUUGUUGAAGGAUAAGUGACCAUUAGUCUCGAUUAUUGGGGGGAAGGAAUUUUUUAUGACAAAUGAGAUGAAAGGUAUGGUUGUUA